AUGACCGUGGUAGCAGGAGAUAACAUGGAUGAGACCUCGGCUGUCCCUGGCCACCCUCAGGACACCUACCCCCCAGACCACAAUGACCACGAAUGCUGCGAGAGGGUGGUCAUCAACAUAGCUGGUCUCCGAUUUGAGACACAGUUGAAAACUCUCUCCCAGUUUCCAGAAACGUUGCUGGGCAACCCCAAAAAGCGGAUGCGGUACUUUGAUCCUCUGAGAAACGAGUACUUCUUCGACAGAAACCGCCCCAGCUUUGAUGCCAUCCUCUAUUACUACCAGUCUGGGGGACGGCUGAGAAGACCAGUGAAUGUCCCUUUGGAUAUGUUCUCAGAAGAAAUCAAAUUUUAUGAGCUGGGAGUGGACGCGAUGGAGAAGUUUCGCGAGGAUGAGGGUUUCAUCAGGGAGGAAGAGCGUCCCUUACCUGAGAAGGAGUUCCAGCGUCAGAUCUGGCUCCUCUUUGAGCACCCAGAAAGCUCAGGCACUGCGAGAGGGAUUGCCAUAGUGUCUGUGAUGGUAAUCCUGAUUUCAAUAGUCAUAUUUUGUUUAGAGACUUUACCACAGCUGAAAGAGGACCCAGCGGGUCGCAUAGUGACAGUUGGGAACACUACUAUUUAUUACAAGCCAAAUAUCCUCACUGACCCCUUCUUCGUCAUUGAGACACUCUGUAUAAUCUGGUUCUCCUUUGAGUUGAUAGUACGCUUUCUGGCGUGCCCAAGCAAACCGGCCUUCUUCAAGAACAUGAUGAACAUGAUCGACAUAGUGGCUAUCAUCCCCUACUUCAUUACACUUGGCACCGAGCUGGCUGAAGACCCAGAAAACGAGGGGGUGGGCGAGCAGGCAACAUCUCUGGCCAUACUCAGGGUGAUCCGUCUGGUCAGGGUGUUUCGGAUUUUCAAGCUGUCACGACACUCCAAAGGACUGCAGAUUUUGGGCCAGACCCUGAAGGCCAGCAUGCGAGAGCUCGGAUUGCUGAUCUUCUUUCUGUUCAUUGGAGUCAUCUUGUUCUCCAGUGCUGUCUACUUUGCUGAGGCAGAGGAGCAAGGAUCCUACUUUGGCAGCAUCCCGGAUGCAUUUUGGUGGGCUGUUGUGUCUAUGACAACUGUGGGCUAUGGGGACAUGGUCCCAGUCACUAUAGGAGGCAAGAUUGUAGGAUCUCUGUGUGCCAUCGCUGGAGUGUUGACAAUUGCACUGCCGGUGCCUGUCAUUGUGUCCAACUUCAACUACUUCUACCACAGGGAGACCGAGGGAGAAGAGCAGGCCCAGCUGCUCAACGUCAGCAAUCCCAACAUCCCCUCUGAAACCAACUCCAGCCGCCGUAGUUCAUCCACCGUCAGCAAGUCAGAGUACAUGGAGAUUGAUGGAGACAUAAACAAUAGCAUCGACAACUUUAGGGAGGCAAACCUCAGAACUGGCAAUUGCACUAUAGCCAACCAAAACUGUGUAAAUAAAAGCAAGCUGCUUACAGAUGUUUAG